UAAACAGACCCGUCUAUGAUUCAUAUAUAAUUUCUUUAAAUAAUGAAUCAUAAUGGGUUAUAUGUUUGCAGAAAUAUAAUUUUGUCCAAGUGCAGUUUUAAGAAAAGGAAGUCAUCAUAUAUACAAAUAUGCUGUGGAAUCCGAGGAAAAUUCGAUUAGAACCUAAGUUUAGAAAAUGGCAAGUCACCGGUCAGGACAACCUGGAAUCAGUGGAUAUAAUCAUCUUAGAGCCGAAAACAACAAAUGGCAUCCUCCAUUUUCUCCACUAAAUUCUACCAUUUCCCACCAUUCGUCUGUCCGCCCUCAAAUCCAGGAUCUCUACUUUUCUUUUUUAUUCUUACAACUCUCAUCAAAUCUUAAUUUCAUCUCCCUUCUUCCUUUCACAUCUCAAAAUUAAUUCCCAUCCUCCUUUUGCUGGUAAAAUGGCGAAUUCUUCAUCUGGAAUGGCUGUGAAUGAUGAGUGCAAGCUGAAGUUCUUAGAAUUAAAAGCGAAAAGAAGCUACCGGUUUAUAGUGUUCAAGAUUGAGGAGAAGAUUCAGCAAGUGACCGUCGAAAAGCUAGGGCAACCUCAAGAAAGUUAUGAAGAUUUUACUGCUAGUUUGCCAGCCAAUGAAUGCCGAUAUGCUGUCUAUGAUUUGGAUUUCACAACCAACGAGAAUGUCCAGAAAAGCAAAAUAUUCUUCGUUGCCUGGUCUCCUGAUACAUCAAAAGUGAGAAGUAAAAUGUUGUACGCGAGUUCAAAGGACAGAUUCAGGAGAGAGCUUGAUGGAGUUCAGGUUGAGUUGCAAGCAACAGACCCAAGUGAGAUGAGCUUUGACAUUGUUAAAGCUCGAGCUAUAUAAACAGCUGCAAGUUUCUUUUUCCUGUACUAAUUGGGCUAUGGCUCAAUAUAUAUAUAUAUAUAUAUACUACCAUGCAUGCACUCUUCUUUCAAUCUCUAAUGCUUUGAGGGCUUAUUUUCAUCACUUGCCAUUUCUAAAACGGUAACAAGAUGAAUUAGAGAUCACUUGAUUUGGUUGUAGAUUUUGGUGAGGGUAGGGGGCUUAAUUUGUUUUCUGUUGCUAAAUUAAACGUUCUGGGUAGGAAUUUAAUUUCGUUAUCCCACUGCAAUGUGUUCCAUUUUUAUAUAUUAAAUAUAUAUAUAUAUAUAUAUAUAUAUAUAUACCUUGUUUUUUUAGCUGGGAUAGGUUUGAUGUAAUGGUUUAUUUUUUUUAAGAAACCAAUGUGUAAUUUUAUUUGCUUGUAUAGUUAUGUAUUUACGGGCAAAUGGUCUAUGAUUCCUGAUUUUUAUUGUAA